AUGAAGAAAGUAAUUUGCUCUUUAGUUUAUUUAUUCUUAAUAUAUAUUUCCAAAGUAAAUAGUAUUCCAGAAGCUUCAAGUAAUCUAAAUUAUGACUUGUUCACAGAACAAAAUUCUAAUAUUAUAGAAGUAGACAAUAAUAACAAUGAAAUAAAUAAUAAAAAUAAAAUGUCUUUAAGUAUGACUGGUAGAAUAUUAAAGAAAGCAUUUAAUGAAGUUGUAGAUAUUAAUAUUAAUGGUGAUUAUGAUAAAAAAAUAACAAGUAUGUUAAUUAAUCAAUUAAGAAGUAAUCUUCAAGUAUUAAAAGCAAAUUUGAUUAAAAGAAAACAAAAAAAUAAAAGAAGAAUACUUGAUAUGAUGACUUAUUGUUCAAGUAAUAAAGCUAAAUUUCAUAGGGGAUAUGUGAAUCAUGGUUACUACUUAGAUUUUAAAGCUAUAACAAGAAAUGAAAACAGUACUAAAAAAGAGAGUACUUUAGACAAUAUUUUAUUUGGUUCCCGAAAAACAAAUAAAAGUAAUAAUAGAGAUAAUGAGGAAGAUUCUAGUAAAUAUGUCAACUUGUAUUCAGAAUUGAGUAUAAAUGAAAAUGAAGAUGAUAAAGAUAAAGAUAAUAAAGAUAUCAUAAAUAAUAAUAGAGAUAUAUAUCAAGAAAUAGUUAAUCCAGAUAAAGAAAAUAAUUAUAAAAAAGUUCAUAAAUAUGUCAAUGAAAUAAAAUCAGAUAUAGAACAACCUCAAUCACAAUCUCAACCUCAACCUCAAUCACAAUCUCAACCUCAAGAUAAUAAUAUGGAAACUAGUUAUUCAAAUAAAAUAAAUACUUCUAGUAAGCAGAAAGAAGUUGAUCAGAAUAAAAAUGAAGAAAAAAGUUAUCAUGGAAUGUCUAAAAACAAAGUUAAAGAAUUAAUAAUGAAGUUCCAAAUGCUUGAUAAUAAAAAUAAAAUAAAGGUGUCACCUCAAAAAGGUACACAAAAUUUAUUGAUUUCUAAAAAACCAAAAGGACAAACACCUCCAAAAAAUAUACAAGGUUUAUUAUCUUUAGAAGAGAAACAAGUAGCACCACCAAGGCCACCACCUCCAAAAAAUAUACAAGGUUUAUUAUCUUUAGAAGAGAAACAAGUAGCACCACCAAGGCCACCACCUCCAAAAAAUAUACAAGGUUUAUUAUCUUUAGAAGAGAAACAAGUAGCACCACCAAGGCCACCACCUCCAAAAAAUAUACAAGGUUUAUUAUCUUUAGAAGAGAAACAAGUAGCACCACCAAGGCCACCACCUCCAAAAAAUAUACAAGGUUUAUUAUCUUUAGAAGAGAAACAAGUAGCACCACCAAGGCCACCACCUCCAAAAAAUAUACAAGGUUUAUUAUCUUUAGAAGAGAAACAAGUAGCACCACCAAGGCCACCACCUCCAAAAAAUAUACAAGGUUUAUUAUCUUUAGAAGAGAAACAAGUAGCACCACCAAGGCCACCACCUCCAAAAAAUAUACAAGGUUUAUUAUCUUUAGAAGAGAAACAAGUAGCACCACCAAGGCCACCACCUCCAAAAAAUAUACAAAAUUUAUCAUCUUUAGAAGUGAAACAAGUGGUACCACCAAGGCCACCACUUCCAAAAAAUAUACAAAAUUUAUCAUCUUUAGAAGUGAAACAAGUGGCACCACCAAGGCCACCACCUCCAAAAAAUAUACAAAAUUUAUCAUCUUUAGAACAACUAUUAAUAUCAACUCAAAAAAGUCCUAUACAAAUGAAUGAAGAAAUAUCCUCUACUGGGAAUGGAUCCUCCUUUUCAAGUGGUUAUUCAACAAGUGAAUUUGAUAGUUUAAUACCUAGUGAAAGUAGUCGUACUAAUUCAGAUACUUCUAGUUUAGUAUCACUAGCUUCCACUGAAGGUAAUAGAGGAAUUGAUGAAGAUAGUAAUGAUUCAUCUAACUCUAAAGAAUCGGCUAGUUCACCACGAUCUGUCAAAAGUCUAACGGGUCUUUUCCAAGCUUUGCAAUUAAUUAAUCAAAGGCGUGGGGGUGCAAUUAACACUUCAAAGCAUGGUAGUGUAUCAACUCAUUCCUAUGCAACUCCUGCAUCAUCUGACAUUGCAAAUAUGAAUGACUUCGACGAAUAUGAUUUAAAGUAG